CUGUCGCUCCCGGUACAACAACGGGCGUCCAGAGGUGUCUGACCUCUGUUCCAUGGGGGAUGGUUCUAUAAGAAAGAGACCUGUGUCCCUGGUGAGGGAGGCUGCCUGUGGUAGUAAGGUAUGAUGAAGGGCUCCGCAGUGUAGCCGGCAGAGGGUCCAGCAGCCGAGGCCGGGACGGAGCGGGUCGAGCGUGCUGCGCAAAGGCGCAGCUUGGGCUUCGAGCCGCUGAGCCCCCAUCGGGUCUGUGAAGGUCACUGUUAAGAAGAAUUCCAGACACAAUGAUAAACACAGCGUGCAUGAAGACAGCUCGGGUCCUGACACUACAUCUAACACAUGUGUCCUUGAUUCCUCCUGGGGUAAAAAUACUUUCAGAUCCUGGAUCUAGGAUGAUAUCAACCGAUCAAUCCAAGAAGCUCAGGGAAUAUUACAGGCUGCUGAAUCUAGACGAAGGAUGCUCUGUAGACGACGUCAGGGACUCUUUUCAUAAGCUUGCCAAGCUGUACCAUCCAGACAGCGGUUCUACUGACGCUGACUCUGCAACAUUUAUAAAGAUUGAAGAAGCUUACAGGAAUGUGCUGUCCCAUGUGAUAAAACAGAUGGAUGCCAGACAGAGUAAAGCUGAAGACGCAGAAGAAGAAGAAGAAAAAUUCAAAUAUAACACACCUCAGCACCGACAUUACUUAAGCUUCGAAGGCGUUGGCUUUGGGACUCCAAGUCAGCGAGAGAAACAAUACAGACAGUUUAGGGCGGACCGUGCGACGGAGCAGGUGAUGGAGUAUCAAAGGCAGAAGCUUCAGAGAGAGUACUUCGCCAACAGCAUAACUGUCAAAGAUGUGCGGCAGAGCAAAGAACAGAAGAUAACUCAAGCCAUAGAUCGGCUGGUGGAGGACCUCAUUCAGGAAUCCAUGGCAAAAGGAGACUUCGACAAUCUCAGCGGGAAAGGGAAACCUCUGAAGAAGUUUUCUGGCUGCUCAUAUAUUGAUCCCAUGACUCACAACCUGAACCGAAUAUUGAUAGAUAACGGGUACCAACCAGAGUGGAUCCUGAUGCAGAAGGAAAUUAAGGAUACUAUUGAGCAACUCCGAGAAGCACUUUUAGUGUCUAGGAAGAAGCUUGGGAACCCUCUGUCACCAGGAGAACAGAAACAGUGGGCCCAAGUGUGUGAGCAGUUUCAAGAAAACAUACGAAAGCUAAACAAGCGGAUUAGUGAUUUCAACUUGAUUGUUCCCAUUCUAACCAGGCAGAAAGUCCAUUUUGACGCACAGAAAGAAAUUAUCAGAGUCCAAGAAAUGUAUGGGGCCUUCGUAGAAGCAAAAGAAGUCACAGAAGAAAAACAAACUGACAUUAGCCAGGGAGAAGAAGAGAAAACACCCAGAGUCAAGGCAGGCUUUCUAAACUGGCUGAAUCUAUGGAAAUUUAUUAAAAUAUGACUGUUUUGACAUUCAUGAUCAUUUCCUGCUCUGAUCAGUUUUGAGUUGCUCUGACAUCAGACAUAGAACCCGAGAUUGAUUGUCGUGUCCCAGGGACUUGAGAAGGAUGUAUGUGCCUUUGUAGUGUUCACAGAAGUAAUCACACCCGGUGGUAGACAAGAGACUUGGGUGAGUACUGCUAUAAUGAUGUAGUAAGAGGCAGACCCUGUCCCUGAAGGAGCAGGCUCCCAUGCCAGGCUUCAGGUGUCGGCCUCUAGGACUGAAGCACAGACCCGAGGCCCACACAGGGCCUUCCAGAAACCUCAGAGCUCUCUGAGACACUAGGAACUUAUAGGUAGUCACUGUUUGAUGUUUCUUUCUUUUUUCUUUUUUUAAUUUUUUCUAGUUUUUCGAGACAGGGUUUCUCUAUGUAGCCCUGGCUGUCCUGGAACUCACUUUGUAGAUCAGGCUAGCCUUGAACUCAGAAAUCCACCUGCCUCUGCCUCCCAAGUGCUGGGAUUAAAGGCGUGCGCCACCACUGCCCAGCUGUUUGAUGUUUCUAAGCAUAAGUAUUUGAGCAGCAAUGAAACUAAAAGGUGUGACUUUAAAACACAAAACUGAAGAAUGAAAUUGAACCAACUAUAGUCUCCUCCAAAUGAAAUCUUAAAAUCUCAAAAGAACAAAGAAAGGAAGGAAAGGAAGGAAGAAAGGUAAGAAGGAAGGAAGGAAGGAAGGAAGGAAGGAAGAAAGAAGAUAUGAAAGGAAAUGAAAAUGAAAAGGGGCUAGAGAACCUGCCCAGAGGUCAUGAGUCCUUGCUCCUCGCUGCUCCUGCAGAGGACCUGAUUCUCAGCAUCCAUGUCAGGUGGCUCACAACUGCCUGUAACUCCAGCUUCAGGGACCCAGUGUGCCUCCCCCACACACACACAUGCACACACACACAUGUGCACACAUGUAAUAAAUUAAAAAUCUCCAGACAAGUAGUUUUUGCAGGUUUCCUCUGGACUAUUCCAGAGCUUAUUAAAGCUCUACGCUGUGGGAAGGCUUUAGAACACCUGUUAUGUGCUGGAGACCUGAAGUCAGGGAAUAAUAACCUUCUGGGUCUCGGGUAUUCACAAAGGCCUUCCCGGUGGGCACUGGACAAAGAAACGGCCAAGUAGGUAGGCUAACUGACAUCCACUGGCCACAGAAGUCAGUUAAGCUAAUCGAUUUAAAAGUUUUAAAAUGUUAGACUCUGAUUUUAUUUUUGUAACUUUUAGAGGGGGCAAAAAUCCUUAAGAACAAUAUAAAGAUAAAAGUUUACUUCUAGUCUCUUCUCUGAUCACAGCCUGAUCCGCUAGGUUUCCAUAAACUUUGCUUCAGUGCCACAGUGUCCUAGAUCAGCCUCCCCAGAGACGGCUCAACAAUGUUAACCCCCAACCCAACCCUUUUGGGGACCCGUUUGUCUCCAGUUUGUCUAAGAUAAGGUCUCUGAAAUUUGUUCCUUGGCAUCUUCAGCAAGUGACAAGAGACAGAAAUUGAUGAGAUGGUUGUUCCUGUCCCCUUUCAGAAAGCCUAGGGCGCUCAGGCUUGGCUAAGUGCUUUGGGUACAGAACUGGGCACUCAGAAAGAAGCCGAAGUGUACAGAAAGGAACUGACCCACUUCCAGAGAGCAGUGUGUGGGGUUCAGGGGAAGAGUUCCUGACACGGAUUUGGGGCUGAGUCUUUUUGUAAAGUAUGUGGUGGUUAAAACAUCAAAGAAACAUACAUCCUCAAAAGAAAGUGGGGGCCUUUCUACUUUGAUGAUCGAGCAAAUAAUGGUUGAUGGUUGGCAUAACAAGAGGUUUUUUUUCUAGUUGGAAUGAGUUAUCUGGCAUCUCGUGAUAGUGCUGUAUAUAAUUACUAAGUCAACAGCAUGGAACAUGGCUUUGAGAUAAAAGCCACCGAUCCACAUCAUUUAAGAUCCUGCUAUUCUGUGAUGCUCACUUUAAAAAAUGGGAGUUUGGAGCAAACAUGAAUGAAAUAAUUUUCAGCAUUAUACAAGAGAAGGUGAGGUUGCCAAAACUAUUAGUUAUAGUACCGUUCACUUUAUGUUUGCAAAUGUCUAUAUUAAUAAAAUUACCUUAAUGAUC